AUGGCGGGCCUGCCCUGCACGGCCUCGUCCGGGUUUUGUGGAUCAGGGGCCUUGGGCAGACAGCCAACCCCUCGUCCUCCUGAAAGACGUCCCCCCGAUUUCCUUGUGUGCAGGUGGAGGGUCUGGCACUUGGGGCUCCGCAAGGCCCUUGUCCCACUGCAGGCUGCCUGGGUCGCCUUCUCUCAGCCUGUCCCAACCAGCUGUGGCCAGCUGCUAACCCAGCUCCUCCUGUGCGGUUGCCCGGCCGUUGCUGCUGCGGGUCUGACGCACCGCUGGCUCGUGUCCUCGCUGCUUUACCCUCCGGGACCCUCAGCCACAGUGGCCACUGUCUGCGGCCUCCUGGUCUUCCUGGUCCUGGGCUUGGUGCCCCCCGCGCGCUGCCUGUUUGCACUCAGCGUCCCCACCCUGAGCACGGAGCAGGGCCGCCGCCUGCUCCUGUCCUGGAGCGCCGCCACCCUGGCCGUCGCCGUGGUGCCCAACGUCUUGGCCAACGUGGGCGCGGCCGGGCAGGUGCUGAGAUGUGUCACAGAGGGCUCCCUGGAAAGCCUGCUCAACACCACUCACCGGCUGCACACAGCGUCCGGGGCUCUGGGCCCCGCUGGCCGAGCAGGCGGCCGGGGCUUGACCCUCCAGGCCCAGGGCAACGGCUCUGUAUUCCUGCUUCACAUGCUCAGGGUCACUCAGCAGGUGCUGGAGGACUUCUCUGGUCUGGAGUCCCUGGUCCGGGCGGCCGUGCUGGGGACCCAGCAGGUGGUCGCGGGGCUCUUUGUGCUGGGCCUCCUCGUGGACUCCGGCUGGUACCUCCACCGCUACCUGACGGACCUGCGGUUUGACAAUAUCUACGCCACACGACAACUGGCUUCGCGGCUGGCCGAGGCCCAGGCCACACACCUGGUGGCCUCCCCCCCAGCCUGGCUGCUCUGGGCCGCCCGGCCGAGGCUGUCCCAGGGGGAGCUGCUGAGCUGUCUCCUGAGGCUGGGACUGCUCACCCUGCCCCUGAUGGCCACAGCUGUGAUGGUGGCUACAGACCACGUGGCCUUUCUCCUGGCUCAGGCAGCCGUGGACUGGGCGCAGAAACUGCCUGCCGUGCCCACCACGCUCACGGUCAAGUAUGAUGCCACGUACACGGUCCUGGGUUUCGUCCCCUUUCUCUUCAACCAGCCGCCUCCGGAGAGCCCCUUCCUCUCUGCUCACAGGUCCUUCCAGUGGGAGCUCCGCCUCACCUCCCAGGGCUGCCGGCUGCUGCCCGCCCGGCGCCCCCACGCGGCCGCCCCCCUGGCUGCCGGCGCCCUGCAGCUGGCGGCCUGCGCCACCGUCCUGCUGGAGACCUACGCCCGGCGCCUGCGGCACACCGUCGCCGCUUCCUUCUUCUCGGCCCAGGAGGCCAGGAGGGCCCGCCACCUUCACGCCCGGCUCCAGCGCAGAUACGACAGGCGCCCAGGCCAGCAGCUGCCCCCGGAGACCCCCUCCUGCUUCUGACACCCGGGCCUGCCGGCACCCGGCCCGGCAUGUAAGGCAGAGGGGAAGCAGCGCGGGAGCCACACAGACCUUGGUCCUUGCUGUGUGACCUUGGGUGGAUUGCUUCGCCUCUCUGAGCCUCAGUUUCUAUGCCUGCAUAAUGACUGCAUAAUAAUAACCCAUGUGACCUACUUUCCACGGAGGGGGGGCGGGGGAAUGUGGGAAGGGAGGAAUUCGAUACUGGGGCGUAAAAAGGCCUCGAGAAGCAGUAAAGCAUUCUGCACAGUGACCCACGAGGAAGUGCAGAGACAGCCCCAGGUUCCUCCAGACCAGCUGGGGAUCAGUGAAGGCUCUCACCUGCAUCAGGGGCCUCCCACUGGCAGAUGGAAACUUUGCCUAGCGAGAUGUGCCCAAAUGCUCCCGGAACUUAUUGAUAUGUCCCCCGAAUCUUCUGAGGUUUAGCA